AAUUUAGUGGCAUCACACUGCGCCAUAUUCUUUUCCUAACACUCAUUUCGAUAAAAUCUAUUUAAAAUAUCGGGACUUGCUGUGUUGUGAUAAUAAUUUCCAAUCAAGUUAUUCGCAUUCAAGAUCUACGAAGGUUUUUCAAUAUCAAGCAGACGCGGCAUGGAGCUAGGCGGGUAGGUGAUGCUCAGCGGCGCCAUCUGGUCCGCCGCGCCCGUGAGCCUGCGCCCGCUCGCGCCGGGGUUGCCCGCUGCGCGGCCACCGCUGCUCGCGCUCGUCAUGCAAGCUCUGCAUGAUGACGACACCAGCUUUUUAGAGAAUGGUCUACUCUCCUACGAGAAUCCAAACUAUCAUUUGGACCCGGCGCGUCUCGAGUCCGCCAUAUACAGUGACCUCUACGAUAUGCAUGACGACAAAAUGCAGGACGAAUAUGACAGCUAUCUAGAUAACAGAAGAGUUGAGGACGAAGCUUCUUCACCAGUUGGCAAAGUCAACGAAAAGUGCGGCCUUAUCACGCCGUCACAGAAUGGCGGGGAGGAAUCACCGCCUCCAGAAAAGGAACGAGCUGAUCGCGAGGAUUCAGAGAAGCUACACGCAGCCGUGGGCCCGGUGCCCCACUGCGCUGAGGGCCCCAAUGAUGACUUAUACGCCAUCCCUGUAAAGUUGAGGCCCAAGAAGGAGACUCUGCCGCCCGGUUGGGAGAAACAUGAAGACAAUGACGGUCCUUACUACUGGCAUAUAAAGAGUGGAACAAUCCAGCGAGAGAUACCAAAAAUGCCGCCGAUAGAAGCAAGAGAAUCCCGCAUUUCGAUGGUCAGGGAUUGUUCCAACUUGUCGGAGGUGAAAUACGACGGUCCAAUGACCACAUCAGUCACCAGAAGUACGACCAGUGGCGCUCUUGACCAAGAUGCUCAAGAGGCUAAGAGGAAAGAGGAGAUGGCCUAUAAACGCCGCAGCUAUCCAGCCAGGCCAGAAUCGGACGGGCGAGCUGUACGAUUCUUCGUCAGGUCAUUGGGUUGGGUUGAGAUCUCUGAAGCUGACCUGACACCUGAGAGGUCAAGCCGAGCUGUCAAUAAGUGUAUUGUUGACCUGAGUUUGGGGAGAAACGAUUUGUUGGACCAAGUUGGACGUUGGGGAGAUGGUAAGGAUCUCUUCAUGGACCUGGAUGACGGAGCCCUAAAGCUGAUAGACCCUGAAAGCCUCAACACAUUGCACACACAGCCUAUCCAUACUAUACGAGUUUGGGGAGUUGGCAGGGACAAUGGACGUGAACGAGACUUUGCGUACGUGGCACGCGACCGGGUGACACGCAAACACAUGUGUCACGUGUUCCGAUGCGAGGCCCCGGCGCGGUCCAUCGCCAACACGCUGCGUGACAUUUGCAAGAGGAUCAUGAUCGAGCGCUCGCUGCAGCCUCCGCCGAGACCCACAGACCUACCAGCUGCCAGGCGGCCGAGACCACUCUCCGGUGCCUCCUUCCCGACUCCAAUGGAAGAGCCACGCAAGACAGUAAGGGCUCGUUACCUGGGCAGUGCGGAGGUCGGCAGACCCACGGGCAUGGACGUUCUGAACGACGCCUUGGAGAGGUUGGCCGCUGCUCGAGCGCCUUCUGCCUGGAGGCCUGUAGCUGUCGCAGUGGCGCCUUCUUGCAUCACCAUUACUGAAGAAGGGGAAUCAACCCCGAUCGUGGAAUGUCGCGUGCGUUACCUGUCCUUCCUGGGCAUAGGUCGGGACGUGCGCCGUUGCGCUUUCAUAGUGCACACGCCGCAGGACAGCUUCGUGGCUCACGCCUUCCACGCGGAGCCAAGUUCUGGAGCACUCUGCAAGACUAUCGAAGCCGCUUGCAAGCUGCGCUACCAAAAAUGUCUAGACGCCCACGGCGGCUUCUCAGCCUUGGGCAGCUUGAGCAGCGUGCCGGGCGGGACAAGCAGCGCGGGCAGUCCGCCCUCCAGCGACGCGAACCGCGCUUCACUCGGGCAAGCUCUGAAAUCGCUUGUUGGCUCGCUUACUGGACGACGCGCGUCUUGAAUUUAGAAUGCCAUCACAGCGCAGCUCGCCACGCUAACUUAUUUCCGUUAGAUAUUCGAAAUAAUUAUAAGAUAUUUAAAUGUUAAAUUGUUACAAUCGGUUUUGUUUAAAUUCUAUAUUAUAUCAUCAUAUUAUCUGUUGCCUUCAAGACUGCCAUUUUAGAAAUUGCACAAACGUUUAUUUCAAAUAAUUGUAACACCGUGUGAAUCUAGAUAUAGAGAAACGUUUUAGUUCAACAAUUUCACGUUAGAUGGCGUUUUUCACAAGACUAAUUAUCGACCUAUUUGAUACGUGCUUUCAGAUACAUAUUAUUUAUAAUUGGUGUAUAUUGGUGUACUUGAUAAUAUGUAGCGUUUUAUUAGCCCUUAUAUUGUGUCAACUGUCAUGAAGAGGCAGAUAAAGCUGACAUUCGUUUAACAAUCGUAAUUGUUUUUCCAUAUAUUAUCUGUUAGCUAUUUGGAAGCACUUAUGUGAAUAGGUCCACGUAUAGCUCCCACAAAUACGCUUUUUUUCUCUGUGUGAGCGUGUUUGCGGUCGGUCUAAAUAUAAACCACUUUGUAUUGCAUACAUUAAAUUUAUAUGAUCUCAAUAUACACUUAAAUCAUAUAUUAUAGUUACCUUAUAAUACCUAGUCGAUAGUUGUAUGCUUUUGUAAAUUACGAGCGAAAUAUGGUAAGUGACAUUUUAAACUAUUUAUGUCGGCAAAACAGUAUUUGGUCAAUCAGUUAAGUAUCUGUCUCGCUCUGUCUGCAUACGGGUGAUAGAGACAUGUAAAAGGUUAGUUGUACGGAAUAUUGGUUUGUAAAUAUAUUAGAUUAGUGUAGCUAAUGGAAUGGAACUUUGGGAUGUAUCCAACCAUAACGUCGUUUUGGUUGGAUAAGCGAGCACGGUAUGAAGAAAUUACUCUAAUCGAGUGCUGUCGUCCGGUUAUAGCCGAGCGGCCGAUGUGGAAUCGGAAAUGUUUGGUGUUUCAUGUUGGAUAAAGUAAUAUAGUCAUAGUGAAGAGUUUAUUUUUGCUUAAGCUUGUAUAUUAUAAAGUAUAUUGGAUUGCGAGAAAUGAAUAUUUUUUGUAUGUCGCAUAUAUGCGUUGGAAAUUAGCUUCAAAGUGUACAAUUAUUUUUGCCCUUUUUGGCUAUACUAUAUUCUGCUAGCCUCCUUACAAGGGUCUUGAAAUCUGAGCUUGGAUAAUAUUUAUAAAGCAAAUAUUAGAUUCUAAAUAUAUGCCAUGCAAUAAUAAACAAAUAAUAAGGAAUAACUGCUCAUCGGUCUUUGGAAAGAGAUAGUCGAAAUCGUAAAGCACUAUCUCUUUCACCGUGACAUCAGUUGUAUUUGCGAGAAAGAGAUAACGCAUAAAGCCGAAGUUGCUCUCUCUUUCUAACGGCCGAUAUGCAUAUAUCGUCGAGUACCGAGUAACUUCAUUAGAUUCACGUUAACUAUCGCGUCUACAGUCUACUCAAGGCUUACGUGAUAGUUGUCAACUAUCACGUUUAUAGUUUACUUUCAACGUGAUAGUUUUCGUUUACUCGAUACAUUAUAAAUAUUCAACUGCAUUGGAAAGCUUAAAUUCAACAGGUCUAACUUACUAAGAUACAACUUGUAAUAUUUAUUUGUAUAUAGCGCACGGGACCCAGAAAAGUCCAUAUUAUAUACGUUUGUGUCUAUAACAAAAUAGUCUAUGUCCAAUCACAAAGGUCGUCACAUUUAAGAUCUGUGGGACUGUCUUGUCUAUGAUCGAAUUGUCUCGCGAAUUAACUCUGUGAUUUGCGCGUAAUGGACCAAUCACAGCGUUGGGUAGAGAUUCGUAAGUCAUAGACAAUACGAGAGUCGUGUUAGGUCUUAAAUGUAAGGGCCAUUGUCACGCGAUUUAAUGACCUUCUACCUUGCUUUGUGUGGUUUUCAUUUGUAGGUUAAGCGUAUUUAGGUAGAAAGGUCAUUUUCGCACCUCUUAGAUAAGGCGUUCACUAGAAUAUCACAGAUUAGCUUCAAAUAAUUCAAUAUAAUGUUGCUUGGAUAUCAUAUACACUAUACGUCAUAGUUUUAUUCACGUUGUAAUUAAGAUGUCAUUGUUUUUAUGUCCGCGGAUUCCACUUGAACUUUUCUAUUUGACUAAGAUUUUUCUUACGUGCCAGCGUAACCAAUUAAAGAAACAAGUGCCGACAACACACUCUUUCCAUUCCUGUAACACAAGAAAAUAUUAAAUUAAAUUGACUGUCAGUUUUGAACUUUAUCCGGCUCGAAGGACUAAUAUUGAGGCAGAGGUUUUGAAUAAAAUCAACGUAGGCGAGUCUUUUUGAUAGGCUGGUUUGAUAUAUUCACUUAUAUAAAAAUUAAAUGUUAAUUUAUAAGGAAGUUCAAGUGGAAUUAGUAUUCGCGGGCCAUAGUCGCAAUAGUUGGUACAAGCUUGACUGCCUUUAUCUGAGAAGGUUUACGAAGUAUUUUCUACAGAAUAUAAUCGUUUAUAUGUAGAAUAGAUAGCUUGAUGGGUUAUCGGCUCAUGUUUGUUGAACGAUGUUUUUGAUCCGUCAUCGCUUUGACAGCUUAAAAGCCUUCGAUUGUGGCUUUUAAUGAAUAAUUUUGUGAAAUUAAUAAAAAAAUAAUUAUAAACACA